AUGCCGCGCGGAGGAAAUGAUGAAGCCGUCGGUGAUCAAAGCGAAGUUUCCAAUCAAGCGAUUAUGAACAAGCUACUCCUGCUUCUGGACCGGUUAACCACGAAUCAAGCCGCUCCGGGUAAUCUGCCUUCAAGAAACACGCCUGAACAGAUCAUCGAGUCGCUUUCCGCGACAAUCAAGGAGUUUCACCAUGAUCCAGCCGCCGGAAUGACGUUUGCAAGAUGGUUCUCGAAGUAUGAAGAUUUAUUCAGCGCUGACGGGAGAGAACUGGAUGACGCAGCAAAAAUUCGUCUGCUCCUGCGAAGUCUCAGCGUUCCGGUUCAUGAAAAGUUUUUGAACUAUCUCCUGCCACGACACCCACGGGACUUCACCUUCGAAGAAGUAGUGAAGAAACUCAAAUCCGUCUUCGGACACCAGCAGUCCCAGUUCAGUCAACGGUACGAUUGCCUCAGGAUUGUGAAGAACGAAGCCGACGAUUUCGUAACUUAUGCUGGCAUCGUCAACCGCCAGUGUGAGGACUUCGAACUCAACAAGCUGACCAUCGACCAAUUCAAGGGACUGAUUUUCGUUUGCGGUCUUCAGUCAUCCAAAGAUGCGGACGUCAGGACAAGAUUACUAUCGAAGCUGGAAGCAGACACGGCAGCAACGGUAAACCUCGAGACUCUAGUCACCGAAUGUCAGAGACUGUCGAAUCUUAAACACGACACGGCUCUGGUGGAGAAGAAGCAACCAUCUUCGUCGGUCCAGGCAGUUCGGCAACCAAGGCAGCCGAAAUCCGCUGGUUCUCAACAUUCAAGCGAGAAGACUCCUCGAACACCGUGCUGGCAAUGUGGCGCCAUGCAUUUCGUCAAAAAUUGUCCAUUUUCAAGCCAUCAAUGCAAGCAAUGCAACAAGACCGGGCACAAGGAAGGGUAUUGCGGAUGCUUCGCCAAGGUUUCAAAAUCAGAAGCUACAUCCGGCACUUCACCGAAUGCCGUUCGUCAGAAGAAGAGAAGUGGCAAGAACCCAGGCAGACAUCCAGCUCAGUCCAACCACAUCCUUUCUGUCAACGCAGUAGCAGCACCAAGUCGUAAGUACGUCACUGCUCUCAUCAACGAUAAGCCGGCGCACCUCCAGCUGGACUGUGGUUCAGACAUCACGAUCGUCUCCGUUCAAACGUGGAAGAAGCUUGGAUCACCAUCAAUCACCAAUUCAUCCCAUCGUGCGAAUACAGCUUCCGGCGCUGCACUUCCGCUGAAGGGGGAAUUUCAAUGUCGGAUGACCAUCAACAAUGAAUCCAGGACUGGUACUUGCUUUGUCACGUCGGUGAAGAACUUGAACCUCCUGGGACUGGAUUUCAUCGAAGCAUUCGAUCUGUGGAACAAACCGCUCGCUUCCAUCUGCAAUCAGGUAAAUCAGCUCAGUUUCAAUCCGGAUUGUGGAAACCGAUACCUCACUCGAUACCCCGAAGUAUUCAAGGACAAGUUGGGUCAUUGCACGAGGACGAAGGCCAAGCUGUUCCUGAAACCACAGGCAAAGCCGGUGUUCCGCCCGAAGCGACCAGUACCGUUCCAUGCUGUCCAGAAGGUUGAUGAAGAGUUGGACCGUUUACAGAAGCUCAACAUUAUCACUCCAGUGGACUUCUCCGAAUGGGCCGCACCAAUUGUCGUUGUGAAGAAGCCAGGAGGAAAAGUUCGCAUAUGCGCUGAUUAUUCGACGGGACUGAAUGCUGUUCUGGAACCACACCACUACCCUCUUCCGACACCCGAUGACAUCUUCAGCAAGCUGGCGGGUAGCAAGAUCUUCAGUGUCAUUGAUCUCUCGGACGCUUACCUGCAAGUUGAAGUCGACGAUGAAUCAAAGAAGCUCCUGACGAUAAAUACACAUCGAGGAUUGUUCCAGUUUAACCGGCUAGCUCCGGGUGUGAAAUCCGCGCCUGGUGCAUUCCAACAACUGAUGAGCAGUAUGAUCGCAGGAUUAGAAGGAGUGGAAUCAUUCCUGGACGAUUUCAUCGUACACACCAAAACGGAGGCUGAACACGAAGAAACUUUGCAAGCUCUGUUCACGAGACUUCAGCUGUUUGGAUUCAACUUACGGUUGGAGAAAUGCAAAUUCGGCCAAACCAGUAUCAAGUUCAUUGGCCACAUUGUCGGUCCUGAAGGUAUUCGUCCAGAUUCUGCCAAAAUCAGUGCGAUUGUCCAGAUGCCCCGUCCCACCGAUGUCAGUCAAGUCAGAUCAUUCCUAGGAGCAGUCAACUUCUACGGCAAGUUCGUCAGAGAAAUGCACCAACUGCGUCGACCGUUGGACAACUUGUUGAAGAAGGACAGUAAAUUCGUUUGGAGUCCACAGUGUCAAGAAGCUUUCAUCAACAUCAAGAAAGUGCUCCAAUCCGAUCUGCUGUUAACCCACUACAACCCCAGUUUGGACAUCAUCGUAGCCGGAGACGCCUCGAAGACUGGAAUCGGUGCCGUAAUCAUGCAUCAGUUUCCUGACGGCCAAAUCAAAGCUGUUGCACACGCAUCAAGAACGCUAACGCAAUCGGAACAAAACUACAGUCAAGUGGAGAAAGAAGCACUCGCUCUGGUGUUCGCCGUGACCAAAUUUCGACGCAUGCUGCUGGGUCGCCAUUUCAACCUCCAGACCGAUCACCAACCGCUCCUGAAGAUAUUCGGAUCCAAGAAAGGAAUUCCACUCCAUACCGCUAAUCGUCUCCAGAGAUGGGCACUUACACUACUCGGAUUUGAUUUUGCUGUGGAAUACAUUCCUACUGACCAGUUUGGGCACGCAGACGUCCUCUCCCGGUUAAUCAACAAUCAUGAGAAACCAGAUGAAGAAGUUGUAGUUGCUGCAGUCGGCAUCGAAGAGGAAAUGGACAGUACUCUUUGUGACACGUUCAACAACCUUCCAGUAACGUUCGAAAUGGUUCAUUCUGCCACGAAGAAGGACAAGCUUUUGCAGCAGGUUGUCGCGUACAUCAACACUGGUUGGCCGUCUAUCAAGCAAAUUUCGGAUCCGGACCUCAAGACGUUCCAUUCCCGGCGAGAAUCACUAUCGACCGUUAAGGAUUGUAUCAUGUUCAGUGACCGAAUCGUUGUGCCAGCUGUAUUCCGUCCUCGGAUUUUGAAGCAACUUCACCGUGGUCACCCUGGCAUUGAGCGGAUGAAGUCAGUUGCGCGCAGUAUCGUUUACUGGCCUGGAAUUGAUGAAGAAAUUCAAGAUUUCGUUCGACGUUGUUCCAUAUGUGCCAGUGCAGCGAAGUCGCCACCACAAGUCCAGCCUCAGCCGUGGCCCAAAGCGGAAGGUCCCUGGAAACGGAUUCAUCUGGACUACGCCGGACCGAUCGAUGGGAUGUCAUAUCUGGUCAUCGUCGAUUCCUUCAGCAAGUGGCCAGAAAUUUUCCAAACACGAUCAACGACAGCGCCUUCGACUAUCGGAAUUUUGAGGGAAACUUUCGCAAGAUUCGGAGUUCCUGAUACCAUAGUUUCGGACAAUGGAAGCCAAUUUUGCAGUAGCGAGUUCCAGCAGUUCUGUGAGUUUUCCGGUAUCAUCCACAUCCGUACCGCCCCUUAUCAUCCACAGUCAAAUGGACAGGCGGAGCGCUUCGUGGACACCCUCAAGCGUUCACUGCGUAAAAUCACAGACGGGGAAAACAUACCAUCAGCCGAUGCACUACAGACGUUCCUCCAAGUGUAUCGUUCAACGCCUAGUACUGUUUUGGAAGGAAAAUCUCCAGCAGAAGUUAUGUUUGGUCGACCGAUGAAGACUACUCUUGAUUUGCUGCGACCAACUAAGCCUCCAUCAAGAUCAACCAUACAGCAGUCCUCCGUAUCAACUUUAACAGCUGGUGCAGUCGUCUAUGCAAAAGUCCACAAGAAUGCAUCAAACUGGAAAUGGCAGCCUGGAACAAUCAUCGAAGCAGUUGGAAAUGUUAAUUACAAUGUUCUUCUGGAUGAAGUCGCAGGACGUCGGAAGCUGAUUCGGAUUCAUGCAAACCAGUUACGUCUACGGUACAGUGAUGUCACGCAGCAGUCAAAUCGAGUGUCGUUACCGUUGGAUAUCCUCAUUGAAAAUUUCGGAUUAACAACUCCAACUCCACCGAAUCCUGAACCAACUACCACUUCAAAUCACAGUCAAGUUCCAGAUGAUGAUUCGUUUGACAGCCUAGAUGAGACCAUGAGGACCGCUACACCGACUAUAUUUGCAUCAACGCCAGUAGUGAUUCCUCAGCAAACUUAUGAAGAUACACCGCGCCCAGCAAGAUGUUCCAGAGUACCCAGACGAUUGGAGGACUACAUCCGGUACUGA